AUGAAAAUCAAAAAGUAUUUCGGACUGUUGGGAAUGGAGAUUCCUCUGUUCUUGUAUAUGCUCGGAUCGUAUCUCAAUUAUCCCGUGUUCCAGAAUUUGAUCUACGAAAAGGAGUGCUUGUUGAAAUAUGAUCAGAACAUCACAUUCUGUCGUAAUGUCAGUGCCUACUACGAUGACAAGGAUAUCCAAUCAGCAUCCAAUCAUUUCUACUUCAUCUCUUCACUGACUCUUCUCUGCCCAUCUAUUGUGACGACGCUGUUAUUGGGAGCUGCCGCCGACUACAAGAGCAUCAAAAUUCCUCUAAUCAUUCCGUACGUUGGAUGUAUUCUUGGAACAAUCAAUUAUGUCUUUCAAUCGUAUUUCAUCCAUACUUCCGUUUAUCUUCUUCUUAUCAGCGAUGCGCUCUUCGGACUUUGUGGUGGCUUUAUUGCAAUCAUAUCGACAACACUGACAUAUGGAGUUAAAACGAGUAUUCGAUACCGUAGUUACCGUAUCGCAGGAGUUGAAGGAGCCAUUGGAAUGGGUGGAACUGUUGGUUACGCGUUGUCUGGAACUGUUAGAGAGUCAUUAGGAUAUGCAGCCACAUUCCUUAUCAUUCUCGGAGUUCAACUUUGUGCUCUCAUCUAUCUCCUCUUUAGAGCGAAAGAAAUGAAGUAUGAAUCAACUGGACCCGACGAACACACUUCACUCAUCUCAACAACCGGUAAGCAGUUGGUUACUGUAAUCCGAGAAUUCUAUCGAGUCCUUGCCAAAUCGCGCCCGUUCCGAGUGAUUUUGGCACUCAAUCUUUUGGCGUUCGGCGUUGAAAUGCUCAUAUUCUCUGGAUUACAAGAUAUUCAAUACUCGUAUCUUCGUUAUAAAUUGGAAUGGGGAGACAAGAAAUAUGGAUGGUUUUCUGGACUGUCUUAUGGAGUUACUACGUUUGCUGUUAUUGUGUUUUAUCCGUUGCUUCGUAUGAAAUUGAUGUCGGAUGGAAUGUUGGCGACGCUUGGAUUGUUCUUCAAAAUGAUUUCAUUGUUCAUGUUCGCGUUUUUGCAAAAUGAGGCAAUGGCUUACUCGAUUGCAGUUAUCGUCAUGUUCAAUCGAUUUGUCUCUACCGGAUUCCGAGCAUUUAUCUCAUCGCUUAUUGAAAUUCAAGAACAAGGUAAAAUCUUCUCGGUUAUCGCCCUUUUGGAAGGAAUCACCACACUAAUUGCGACGUCGAUUUACAACAAUGUCUAUCCGAAAACAUUGGAAUUCUUCCCAGGAUUACUGUACCUGAUCAGUGCGGCUCUGCUGCUUGUUCCACUUGUUAUUGUCAGCACAUCCGACUUCAUCGUUCGAAAAACGCCUCCAGAAGUGUCGGAAGGAAUUCUGAAUAGUCAUAACGACGUCAUCGACGAAGUCACAUCAACAGGCUCAAAUUCAUAA